AUGAUCGCCGAGCCCGCGGUCAACACCAAGCGCGACGGCGCGCGCUUGCGUCAGCAGCAGCCGCUCCGUGAGCUGCAGCAGGUGCACCCUGCGCCGCUGGUUCUGCUGCUGCAGCGCCGGGGCCAGCACAUGCGAAACCACCCGCAGAAGAGCCAGUCAACGGAGGCGCAGGCGGCGGCGAGGCCCCUGGGUCUGGUGAUGGAGGAGGAAGAGGAUCUUUUGGCCGAGGAGGAGGCGCGGCGGCCGUGGUACAGGCGCCGCUCGGUGGUGCUGCACGCGGCCGCCUUCCUGGCGGCCGCCGCCAUGCUGGUCGUCGGGGUCUGCACCCACUGGGGCGUCCCGCGCAUGGCGAGCGCACUCGGCAGCGGCAGGGUGGAGCUGUUCCGCUGGAUGUACUUCUUCGCAGUGUGGCCACCCCUGUGGGUGGGCGUCAGGUUUGCAAACAACCGGCUGUUCGUCUGGAUCGAGAAAUGCUUCUUCAUGGAUGCCAUCUACUUUCUGGACGCCGUCCGCCGCACUGUGCAGCGGCUGGUGUUCAUGCUGCUGGUCCUGCCCUGGUUCCAGAUCAUCUUCAAGGCGGCAUGGUGCGAGGGGGAGACGCGCUGCAAGGCCAAGUCGUACCUCCAGGCCACGGAUGCCGUGUGGAAGCUGGUGGUGUGCCUGAUGCUCUUCUGCCUGGCCAACUUCCUCAAGGCCGCCGCCACCAAGCUGCUGUCGAGCGCGUUCCACCGCACCGCACACUUUGCAAAGGUCAAGGAGGCACUGGACAAGCGGGAAUUAUGA